GUGCUAACCUACAUAUCUAACCCUGUUUAACACCCCUCAGGGUCCUCAGCGCAAUAACCAAUCGGAUGUCUUUUUUGCAGGAGUUGAAUCUGUGGUGGCGUUUGGAUACGGGGAAGAAGGUCUAUUAUGCACCAGCUAGAGGGGACAAAAUGCAGCUUCCUGUUGUGCCUGGGGAUGAGUAUUAUCAUCUGUUCAGUUAUUUACAUGAGGACCAGGAUGCCAAGAGAGCCCAAGGUGUUAGAGCCUCCAAGUUGCAGGUCCUUCUCCACUGAAUGUAAAGCUUUGCUGCCCAGCAUGGAGGAGGGAGUGGAGAGGUACCGGCGUGACUGCCAGUUAGAAAGCUACAUUAUGAAUAGUCGCAUGCAGUGUUCUAACUUGACCAGAGACCUACACUUCAUCACAAAACCUCUCAGUCGUGAGGAGGAGGACUACCCUUUAGCAUUCAUUGUGACCGUUCACAAGGAGCUGGAGCUAUUUGUGCGCCUGUUACGCGCCAUUUACAUGCCACAAAAUGUGUACUGCAUUCAUGUUGAUAAUAAGGCUUCAGUGGAGUACCAGGCGGCUGUACUGAAGCUUGUCAGCUGCUUUAAAAAUACCUUCCUCUCCAGCCAAAGAGAGACAGUGACAUACGCUGGCUUUUCCCGCCUUCAAGCGGACAUAAACUGCAUGAAGGAUUUAUCAAAGUCCAAGAUAGGCUGGAGGAAGGUGGUGAAUCUGUGUGGACAGGAUUUCCCCGUCAAAAGCAACCUGGAACUAGUGCGGUACAUGCAGAGCAAACAGUGGAGGGACAGGAACAUGACGCCUGGGGUCAAGCAGCCCGAGUCUAUGAAGCACAGGACUCAGCUCCAGCACAGGGAGAUAGUAGGCUCACAUGUAGCUACAAGAUUUAGACUGAAGAAAGGUCAUCCUCCACACAAUCUGCCAGUGUAUUUUGGAACAGCCUACUAUGCUCUCACAAGGGCUUUUGUAGACUUUGUUCUGGAAAGCCCAAAAGCCCAGGACCUCUUGGAGUGGUCCAAAGACACGUUCAGUCCAGACGAGCACUACUGGGUGACACUUAACCACAUCAAAGAAGUUCCAGGCAGCCACAUUGAUGGAGGUUGGGAGGGAGACAUCCGGGCAAUCAAGUGGAGAGAUCAAGAGGGAAGAGUACACAACGGCUGCAAAGGUACAGUAUAGACGGUC